UUCCGUGUGGGCUGUUUCCCAUUCUAUUUCUCUGCCGUGUGUCCUGGAGUCCUGGGGCCAUGUUCCUGCCACCAGAAUCAUGAGAAAUUACCCAGCCUCAGGAAUUUGUUUUGGCAAACACAAAACAGACCAGUGCCAGGCACUUGUGUGGCCAAGCAUGAAGAAGUCCCUUUUUUUCAGAGCCUCUUCAGGAAUUGUGAACCUGAAUCUGGUUCAAGCAGGCUCUGCCGUCUGGCCACAGAGAGCUCAGUCCUUAGCCUUUCAGGAGCACCACCCUGGUGGGUCUCCAGCCACGGAUGAGGACCGCAUGCGGCAGAACUAGGAGACCUGGACUUUCCUUAGGGCGUGUAAGUGGGUUGGUAUUUGAACACCACCUUAACAGAAGCGCAUUCUCCAAUUGCAAAGUUCUUAUGGGAUCAAGAAUGAAUCUCAUGGAACACUCCCAUUUACCAGCCAUGGAUGAAUUCUCCCUUUUUGAAAAUUUAUUUGGGGUGCUCUCGGAACAAGCAGCGGGUCCUCUGGGACAGAACCUGGACGUGGAACCCUACUCGCAGUACAGCAACGUCCAGUUUCCCCAGGUGCAGCCGCAGAUUGCCUCGUCUGCCUACUAUUCCAACCUGGGCUUCUACCCGCAGCAGCCGGAGGAGUGGAACUCUCCCGGGAUCUACGAGCUCCGGCGGAUCCCCCCUGAGACUGCCUACCAGGCAGAGGCCGAGGUGGCCGAGACGCCCAUGACGAAGAAGCCCCGAAUGGGCGCCUCCGCGGGGAGAGUGAAGGGGGACGAGCUGUGCGUGGUUUGUGGGGACAGAGCGUCCGGCUACCACUACAACGCCCUGACCUGCGAAGGCUGCAAAGGUUUCUUCAGGAGGAGCAUUACCAAAAAUGCCAUGUACAAGUGUAAAAAUGGUGGCAACUGCGUGAUGGACAUGUACAUGAGAAGAAAGUGCCAGGAGUGUCGCCUCAGGAAGUGCAAAGAGAUGGGGAUGUUGGCUGAAUGUAUGUAUACAGGCUUGUUAACUGAAAUUCAAUGUAAAUCUAAGCGGCUGAGGAAAAACGUGAAGCAGCACGCAGAUCAGACAAUUCAUGAGGACAGCGAAGGACGUGACUUGCGACAAGUGACCUCCACAACUAAGUUGUGCAGGGAGAAAACUGAACUCACCUCAGAUCAACAGAAUCUUCUACAUUAUAUUAUGGAUUCAUACAACAAACAGAGGAUGCCUCAGGAAAUAACAAAUAAAUUUUUAAAAGAAGAAUUCAGUGCUGAAGAAAAUUUCCUCGUUUUAACAGAAAUGGCUACCAGUCAUGUACAGGUUCUCGUAGAAUUCACAAAAAAGCUGCCAGGAUUUCAGACUUUGGACCAUGAAGAUCAGAUUGCUUUGCUGAAAGGAUCUGCUGUAGAAGCUAUGUUCCUCCGUUCAGCUGAGAUUUUCAGUAAGAAACUUCCAGCGGGGCAUGUCGACCUGCUGGAAGAGAGAAUUCGAAAGAGUGGUAUCUCUGAUGAAUACAUCACACCCAUGUUUAGUUUUUAUAAAAGUGUCGGAGAAUUGAAAAUGACCCAAGAAGAGUACGCCCUGCUCACAGCCAUUGUCAUCCUCUCGCCAGACAGACAAUACAUAAAGGACCGAGAGGCGGUGGAGAAGCUUCAGGAACCGCUGCUGGACGUGCUCCAGAAGUUGUGCAAGAUCCACCAGCCGGAGAACCCUCAGCAUUUCGCCUGUCUGCUGGGGCGCCUCACGGAGCUGCGGACCUUCAACCACCACCACGCCGAGAUGCUGAUGUCGUGGCGAGUGAGCGACCACAAGUUCACCCCGCUCCUGUGUGAGAUCUGGGACGUACAGUGAGGGGCCGCGGAGGAGGCCGAGCUCCGUGGGCCCCUCGUAAUAUGAACUUGAUGCGAGACUUUGCUUUUUCAUUUGUACCUGGUGUCGCUCAAGAAUGCUGAUGAAAUUGAUGUAGCAAUUAUAAAACUUCUACAAUUGUAAAUACGGGAGUAGACAGAAUUACUUUCUCUACAUUUUGUUUUCCAAGGCUCCAGGGAAUCCUACAUGCGAAGUGGCAGGCCCUGUCUGUCUGACGAAGUUGAUUGUUGCUUCAAUUCUAGCAGUCAGACCUGGGGAAAAUCUCAUUAUGCUCUUCAUUUUGCCGCACUGCGUAUAUUUUAUUAAAAGAGUUGUGUUCAGUUUUGGUGAUACACUGA